GUCCAUGCAAAGCACCUGCAGUUGGUUGACAGUUGCUCACUUUCAUUUCAUUUCAAGUUUUCAACCCCAGGCAGAGCGCGGAUAGAAAAGUAGAAACUGCCCGCCAAUGGACAUGGACUCGUUUAUCGUUCUCCUCUUCCUCUCUCUUGCGAGAGCGGAGGCGGCGAGCCUCGGCGUUGGUAGAGAAGGUAGGGCUGGGGGAGCGGUUCUUCUUCCGCUCAGGCUGCAGCAGGUGGCGGCCCCGCCGCGAGCGCCGGCGAACCGGCUGCGGUUCCGCCACAAUGUGAGCCUGACGGUGUCGGUGGCUGUCGGCACGCCGCCGCAGAACGUCACGAUGGUGCUCGACACGGGCAGCGAGCUCUCCUGGCUGCUCUGCAACGGGAGCUCCGUGUCGCCGCCUGCGCCGUUCAAUUCGUCAGCUUCUUUGACGUACGGCGCGGUCGCCUGCUCGUCGCCGGCGUGCGUGUGGCGCGGACGUGACCUGCCCGUCCGCCCGUUCUGUGACGCGCCGCCGUCCACCGCCUGCCGCGUCUCCAUCUCCUACGCAGACGCCUCCUCGGCCGACGGCCUCCUGGUUGCCGACACUUUCGUCCUCGGAGCCCAGGCCGUGCCCGUCCUGUUCGGCUGCAUCACCUCCUAUUCCUCCAGCACGGCCACCAACAACAAUGCCACGGACCCGUCGGAGGCGGCGACCGGCCUCCUCGGCAUGAACCGUGGCAGCCUGUCCUUCGUGACGCAGACGGCGACCCUCCGCUUCGCCUACUGUAUCGCCCCCGGCGAAGAACCCGGCAUCCUCCUCCUCGGCGGCGACGGCGGCUCGGCCCCGCCACUUAACUACACGCCGCUGAUAGAGAUCUCCCAGCCGCUGCCGUACUUCGACAGGGUGGCCUACUCCGUGCAGCUGGAGGGCAUCCGCGUGGGGCGCGCCCUUCUCGCCAUCCCCAAGUCCGUGCUCACGCCGGACCACACGGGCGCCGGGCAGACAAUGGUGGACUCCGGCACGCAGUUCACCUUCCUCCUGGCCGACGCCUACGCGGCGCUCAAGGGCGAAUUCCUGAACCAGACGCGGUCGCUGCUCGCCCCGCUCGGCGAGCCGGGCUUCGUGUUCCAGAGCGCGUUCGACGCGUGCUUCCGCGGGCCGGAGGAGCGAGUGUCGGCGGCAAGCCGGCUUCUCCCCGAGGUGGGCCUGGUACUCCGCGGCGCGGAGGUGGCCGUGGCCGGGGAGAAGCUCCUGUACAGUGUACCCGGCGAGCGGCGCGGGGAGGAGGGGGAGGAGGCUGUGUGGUGCCUGACGUUCGGGAACUCGGACAUGGCGGGCAUGUCGGCGUACGUGAUCGGGCACCACCACCAGCAGGACGUGUGGGUGGAGUACGACCUUCAGAACGGCCGGGUCGGCUUCGCGCCGGCGCGCUGUGAGCUCGCCACCAAGCGCCUCGGCGCCCAAGUGUAGUUCUUGUCUAGUGGCAUUGCGUCAGUCAAUGUGUAGUCGUCGUGUAAAAGUACAGCGAAAUACUAGCGGCAGCGGCAGUGGCAGGGCACGUAUCGUUAGCAGAGGGCGAGUAUUAGAGACGGUCACUCUCCGAUCACCUGCUGCUGCCAGUGGUGAACUACUGGUUAUUUACGAACUUCAUUGUUGUAUUGUUAUGCGAAUACAUAUACGAGCGUGUAUCUUAAAAGACAAGAUACCAAUUACACCCCUUGUACCUAUAUAUAUGUGCCUAGUGCAUGAUCAAUGAUAUAU